UGUCGACAUUUUAAUGUAGAAAUCUAGACGUUUCGAAAUAUCCUACAGUGUACUUUGUAUACAAUGAAUAGCAGGAAUACAGAGAGUUACAAUGAAGUAAGUACUUUUUUUCCCUUCUUUUUUACAAAUAGCUAAUUGACUAUAAAUGUGGCUGCCGUUCUAGUCGGAAGAAUCUAAUGCAAAAUGCAUCCCCUCUGAACGAAAUAAUAAUAAUAACAGUAUAAAACUCCGCUGUUGAAAAAUGAGUUGAGGCAGGCACGUUUAUGCACAGCGUUCAAAUGUUUGAUCAGUGUUUGCGUUCCCUGAGACUCGAACCCACGCCAUUGCCGGCGCCUGCUCUACCGACUGAGCCACACGGGCAAGAACAGGAUCUGUUAUGGUUUUCCAUUCAUCUCCUGAACUAACAGACUGUGAAGGCUCACGGAGUCAGUUAAACUAGGAUCUGUCAUGUCUCAAGGGGCUCUGAGGUGUUCAGUGGGGUUUGUUGCUCUGCUGGGAAUUUUAUUGAUAAAAAUCUCAGGAAUUCAUGGAAAAGCAACUGUUCAUUUGGAUGGAUCUCAGAGACGGGAAAAACACGAUUCCUUGAGAGGACCUAAUGUGUGUGGAUCUCGUCUGCAGUCCUACUGCUGUCCAGGCUGGAAGACUCUGCCGGGAGGAAACCGCUGCGUUGUGCCUAUCUGCCGGAACAGCUGUGGCAGUGGUUUCUGCUCCAGACCCAACACGUGCACGUGCCCUGGUGGCCAGAUAGCCACAACCUGCGCCGCCAAAUCAUCCCAACAAUGCAAUACGAGAUGUAUGAAUGGAGGGGUGUGUGAAGAGGACCAUUGCCAGUGUGCAAAGGGAUACACGGGCAGCUUCUGUGAGCAGACUGUCUGUGAGAAGACCUGUCGUAAUGGCGGACGCUGCGUUGGACCGGACCGCUGCGUGUGUGUGUACGGCUUCACUGGGCCACAGUGCGAGAGAGAUUACCGAACGGGCCCGUGCUUCAUCCAGGUGCGCGGCAAGCAGUGUGCGUCUCAGAGCAGUGGAUUUGUGUGCAAUAAGGAGCUGUGCUGUGCCACAGUGGGACGAGCGUGGGGUCACCCAUGCGAGCUGUGCCCUCCGCUCAGCGCGUCCUGCAGCAGAGGAUUGACGCCAAACAGUCGCACAGGAGCCUGCCAAGAUGUUGAUGAAUGUAAGGUUGUGCCUGGCCUGUGUAAAGGAGGAAAGUGCAUCAACACUGUGGGCUCAUAUCAGUGCCAGUGUCCCAGCGGUUUCCAGCAGCACAUGAGUUCGCUGAUGUGUGAGGAUGUGGACGAAUGCUCCACCGUCCAGCGCGUGUGUGAUGGAGGACGCUGCGUUAAUUCAGUGGGCAGUUUCUCCUGUGUGUGUCUUGCUGGAUACCUGCCGUCUGCAGACAGGACGAGCUGCCUCGAGCAGCACACAGGCGUCUGUUUUGCGUCAGUCGUGAAUGGACGCUGUGCUCAGGAAAUCAGUGGACGCUUCAGUAAAACCCAGUGCUGCUGUGACCGUGGACGCUGUUGGAGUCAAAGCACAGCUCAUGAAAUGUGUCCCGUACCUGGAUCAGAUGAGUACUUCAGGAUCUGUCUGGUGGGCUCUGCUCUGAGUGGCUUUGGUGAAGAGGAUCCUGAUACACACCCUCAACAUCCCAGUGGCUUCAGUUCUGCCUCUACUGACCAGAUACCUCACCCACUUAACGACAAUGGACUCAUCAAACCUCAGGUUCAUCGGAUUCCCCAAAUCCCUCAGAUCUCAGGGAAUGGUAAUGGAUUUAAAUCUCGACGUCCUGUUGUUGUUCGUGUGAAUGAGACUGUCAACAGGUGUCGUCUGUUUCCUAAACUGUGUCUGAAUGGACGCUGUGUACCCAUGGGCUCUGACUACCGCUGUGACUGUAACACCGGAUACAGAGAGGACAACAGAGGACAGUGUUCAGAUGUAGAUGAGUGUGCGCUUGAGCACUGCACUAAUGGAAACUGUGUCAACACUCCUGGUUCCUACUACUGCAGAUGCCACGCAGGCUUUCUCAGGGUUCCAGGCAAACAGGCCUGCAUUGACAUUGACGAAUGUCUUCAGAAUGGGUUGCUGUGUAAGAACGGCCGCUGUCUUAACAUGGAGGGCAGCUUUCAGUGCAUCUGUAAUGCAGGAUUCAAGCUCACACCUGAUGGCAAAAACUGCAUAGAUCACGAUGAAUGCGCUGCCACUAACAUGUGUCUUAAUGGCAUGUGCAUUAAUGAAGACGGCAGCUUUAAAUGUGUUUGCAAACCCGGAUUCACCCUCAACUCCAGCGGACGAUACUGUACAGAUGUGGAUGAAUGCCAGACCCCAGGUGUGUGUAUGAACGGACAGUGUGUGAACACACAGGGCUCUUUCAGGUGUGAGUGUUUCGCAGGUCUUACCAUAGGAAUAGAUGGGCGCACAUGUGUAGACACACACGUGCGCAGCACUUGUUAUGGGGCUGUAAAAAGAGGCCUGUGUGUGCGGCACUUACAGCAAUCUGUCACCAAGUCACAGUGCUGCUGUGCCAACCCCGACUAUGGCUUUGGUGAGCCGUGCCGUCCCUGCCCUGGCAAAAACUCAGGUGAGUUUCAGGCCUUGUGUGCAAGUGGUGUUGGAUUUUCUGCUGAUGGCAAAGACAUUAACGAGUGUGCUCUGGAUCCUGAAAUCUGCUCUAACGGAGUGUGUGAGAAUCUCAGAGGAAGUUUCCGCUGCGUCUGUAACGGUGGCUAUGAAAAUGACCAGACUGGCAGAAACUGUCUGGACAUUGAUGAAUGUGUAGUGAACAGUCUCCUCUGUGAUAACGGCCUGUGCCGAAAUGUGCCCGGCAGCUACAGCUGCACCUGCCCGGCGGGAUACACCUUCAGACACGACACGGAGACGUGUGAUGAUGUGAACGAGUGUGCGAGCAGCCCGUGUAUUAAUGGAGUCUGUAAGAACAGUGUGGGCUCUUUCUCCUGUGAGUGCCCACUAGGAAGUAAACUGGACUCCACUGGACUUUUAUGUGUUGACAGUCUGAAGGGCUCGUGCUGGUUAACCCUUCAGGACGGCCGCUGUGAAGUGAACAUUAAUGGAGCUACGCUGAGGUCUCAGUGCUGUGCCACGCUGGGAGCGGCCUGGGGCAGCCCAUGUGAACCAUGUCAAAGCGAUCCCAAAUGUGAACGAGGAUUUGCUCGGCCAAGAGGGGCUUUGUGUGAAGAUGUAAAUGAAUGUGAGGUGUUUCCUGGUGUGUGUCAGAAUGGGCACUGUGUGAACACUAGAGGUUCUUUUAAAUGUCAGUGUCCAGAGAGUCUCACACUGGAUGUCACUGGACGUGUCUGUGUGGAUGUCCGUUCAGAGCCCUGUUUCCUCACCUACGAUGAAGACGUGUGUACCCACCCAGUACCAGGACGCUUGCACAUGGAUGUGUGUUGCUGUACAGUGGGCUUGGCCUGGGGCAAAGAUUGUGAAUUGUGCCCUGAGCCUGGCACUCGCCAUUUUGAUGCUCUGUGCCCAAGAGGACCAGGCUUCGCCAACAAAGGGGAUGUGCUCACUGGCAGAGCUGUCUAUAAAGAUAUUAACGAGUGUAAAGUUUUCCAAAGCAUCUGUAUUCAUGGAAAAUGUCGGAACACCAUUGGAAGCUUCAGAUGUCGUUGUGACAAUGGCUUUGCACUAGAUACCAAUGAGCAAAACUGCACAGAUAUUGAUGAGUGUGUGAUCUCUCCUGAUGUUUGUGGUCAUGGCACGUGUGUGAACACCCUGGGCAGUUUCCAGUGUGACUGUUUCCCUGGCUAUGAGAGUGGAUUUAUGAUGAUGAAGAACUGCAUGGAUAUUGACGAGUGUGAACGAAACCUCUCACUGUGUAAUGGAGGCACCUGUGAAAACACUGAUGGCAGCUACAAGUGUGUGUGUCCACCUGGUCAUCAGCUGUCUGUGGACAACAGUGCUUGUGAAGAUGUGAAUGAGUGUGAGUUGAGCAGCACAUUGUGUCUUAAUGGCAGGUGUGUGAAUGUGGUGGGGACGUACCAGUGCUCCUGUAACUCUGGUUAUCAGACGACACCUGAUAGGAAAGGCUGCACAGAUGUAGAUGAGUGUACAAUAGAGAAUGGAGGAUGUGAGCUGUAUUGUAGUAAUUCAGACGGGAGUUACUCCUGCAGCUGCGGUCAGGGUUAUGCUAUGAUGCUGGACCAAAGGACAUGUGCAGAUGUGAAUGAAUGUGAAGAGGAUGUUGACAUCUGUGACGGUGGUCAGUGCACUAACGUCCCUGGAGCAUAUCACUGUGUGUGUCAUGAAGGGUUCACAACUUCUGUGGACAUGAGGACGUGCAUCGAUGUGAAUGAGUGUGAACUCAACACCAACAUCUGUGUGUUUGGGGAGUGUGAGAAUACCAAGGGUUCUUUUAUCUGUCAUUGUGAGAUGGGUUACGCCGUGAAGAAAGGAACCUCUGGCUGCACCGAUGUUAAUGAGUGUGAGAUAAACACUCAUGACUGUGACACACACGCCACCUGUGUCAACACACUGGGACAUUACCACUGCUCCUGCAGGGACGGAUGGUCUGGUGAUGGAGUCAGAUGUGCUGAUGUGGAUGAGUGCAGUGACAGGACUCACGUCUGCAGUGCUGAUGCUGAGUGCGUGAACACGGCCGGAUCGUACCGCUGUCGAUGUUCAGAUGGCUUUACUGGAGACGGAUUUACCUGCUCAGAUAUGGACGAGUGUGCUGAAGAUGUGGAUUUGUGUGAAAAUGGGCAGUGUCUCAAUGUUCCUGGCAGCUAUCGCUGUGAAUGUGAGAUGGGCUUUACACACACUCCAAACAGCAAAACCUGUCAAGAUAUAGAUGAGUGCACCUUCCAGAACAUCUGUGUAUAUGGCACAUGUCAGAAUAUUCCAGGAAUGUUUCGCUGUAUUUGUGAUGAAGGCUAUGAGCUGGACAGGACCGGUGGAAACUGCACAGAUGUGGACGAGUGUCUUGAUCCUGUCAGCUGUGUUAAUGGUCACUGUGAGAACACAGCCGGCUCAUACCAGUGUAACUGUCCCAUUGACUUUGAGCUCAACCCCACUGGAAUCGGCUGCAUUGACACACGAGCAGGGAGCUGUUUUCUGGAUUUGGCGUACCGUGGCCAUGGUGGGCUCGCAUGUAGUGUUGAGCUGGGAUUUGGAGUCAGUCGUUCAUCGUGCUGCUGUUCUCUGGGACGAGCAUGGGGUAACCCGUGUGACCUUUGCCCUCCACUCAACACCUCGGAGUAUAACACACUAUGUCCUGGAGGAGAGGGGUUCAAACCCAACCCCAUCACCAUCAUCCUGGAAGAUAUUGAUGAAUGUCAGGAGCUGCCUGGUCUGUGUCAAGGUGGAAACUGUAUCAAUACAUUUGGAAGUUUCCAGUGUGACUGUUCAGCUGGAUACUACCUCAACACGGACAGCCGCAUGUGUGAGGAUAUCGAUGAGUGCGUGCUCAGUUCUGGUGUUUGUGGACCAGGCACCUGCUAUAACACACUGGGAAACUACACAUGCAUCUGCCCACAGGACUACAUGCCAGUGAACAGAGGACACGGCUGCAUGGAUAUGAGAAAAAGUCUGUGUUACCGUAACUAUAGUGGCAGUACCUGUGAACACCAGCUCAACUUCAACACCACACAGAGAUUGUGCUGCUGUGCCUACAAUGUGGGCAAAGCCUGGAACAAACCAUGCCAGGCCUGCCCCAGCCCUGGCACAGGUGACUAUAGAAGUCUUUGUGGCAGUGUGACUGGAUUCGGGAUUGACAUUGAAACCGGACAGCCGAAAGAUAUUGAUGAAUGUCAUGAAAUCCCAGGCAUCUGUGCUCAUGGUGUGUGUAUAAACCACAUGGGCAGUUUCCACUGCGAGUGUCCCACAGGCUUCAGUUACAGUGACCUGCAGCUCAUCUGUGAAGACAUUGAUGAAUGCAGCAGUGGGGAGCAUGUGUGUCAGAGAAAUGCAGACUGCAUCAACCAGCCGGGCAGCUAUCAGUGUGAAUGUUCUGAUGGGUAUAUACUCACACCUAAUGGAGCCUGCUCUGACCGUAACGAGUGUGUGGAGAUGCCUAGCGUGUGUCGUCAUGGCGACUGCGUGGACUUUCCAGGUGGAUACGAGUGCAUGUGUCACACUGGCUUUACUGCAACUCAAAACCGCAGGAUGUGUGUAGAUGUUAACGAGUGUUCACACCAGCCAUGUGGGAAUGGCACAUGUACAAACUCUAUUGGCUCAUUUAACUGUAUCUGUCAUCAAGGAUUUGAGCUCGCCAGUAAUAGCUACUGCACAGACAUUGACGAGUGUGCAGUUUUUCAGUCUCAGCUCUGCAGGAACGGCCACUGUGUUAAUAAUGUUGGGUCUUUCCAGUGCCUCUGUAGAGAGGGCUAUGAGCUCACUCUAGAUGGAAAGAGCUGCAUAGAUGUUAAUGAGUGUAUAUUGAAUCAUGGGAUAUGCGCUCCUGGAACGUGUAUGAAUCUGGAUGGUUCUUUCAGAUGUGUCUGUCCUGAUGGGUAUAUUGUCCACAAUGAGCACUGUGUAGAUGUGAACGAGUGUUCGGAGGAGCCCGGCAUCUGUGCGUAUGGCUCCUGCUUCAACAGUCUGGGGAGCUUUGAGUGCGUGUGUAAACCUGGAUUUGUGCUGUCAGAAGAUAGACGCAGAUGUUACGACACUAGAGAGAGCUUCUGUUUCACACGCUUUGAGAGUGGCAAGUGCUCUGUCCCGCAGGCAUUCAACACCAGCAAAGCCAAGUGCUGCUGUAACAUCAUGGCCAAAGAGGGCUGGGGCGACCCCUGUGAGCUUUGCCCUAAAGAACAGGAUGCUGCCUUCCAGGAUCUAUGUCCGUUUGGCCAUGGGAUCAUUCCCGGUGUUGGGGAUGCACGUGUGGACCUAAACGAAUGUUUGGAGAAUCAAGAGAUUUGUGUGAAUGGCCGCUGCAUCAACAUGGAUGGCUCCUUCCGCUGCGAGUGUCCCAUGGGCUACAUGCUUGACUACACAGGAACACGUUGUGAUGAUAUUGAUGAAUGUUCAGUGGAAAACCCCUGUGGAAAUGGAACAUGCUCAAAUGUGAUUGGAGGAUUUGAGUGUCUGUGUGAGGAGGGAUUUGAGCCUGGACCAAUGAUGAGCUGUGAAGAUGUGAACGAGUGCAGUGAGAAUCCUCUGCUCUGUGCGUUUCGCUGCAUUAACACUUUCGGGGGUUAUGAAUGCAGCUGUCCGUCUGGUUACUCUCUGCGAGAGGAUGGACGCAUGUGUCAGGAUGUGGACGAGUGUGCAAAUGAUCUUCAUAACUGUGACUCCAGAGGAAUGGAGUGUAACAACUUAAUUGGCACCUUCAUAUGUGUUUGUCCAGCCGGGAUGAUCCGCAGGAUGAAUGACGACAUGUGUCAAGAUGAAAAUGAAUGCUUGACUCAGCCGGGUGUUUGUGAAAACGGUCGAUGUGUGAACACUGUGGGCAGCUACACGUGUGAAUGUGGUGUUGGAUUCAAAGCUGACUCUACAGGCACGCAAUGUCUUGAUUACAGGAAAGGCUUUUGUUUCACCGAAGUUCUGCACACAAUGUGUCAGAUGUCAUCCAGCAGUCGUGUUCCUGUCAGCAGGUCUCAGUGCUGCUGUAAUGGAGGCCGUGGGUGGGGGGACCAGUGUGAGCUCUGCCCUUUGCCUGCCACUGCCAACUACAAGAAACUCUGUCCAUAUGGCCAUGGCUAUGCCACUGACGGAACAGAUAUAGAUGAGUGUAAGCUGAUUCCAGGUGUUUGUACCAAUGGCGUCUGUAUCAAUGUCAUGGGCUCUUACAGAUGCCACUGUAAACCAGGAUACAUCACCUCUGCUGCAGGAACCACAUGUGUCGAUGUCGAUGAAUGCGGCAUGUCCCCAAAACCCUGUAACUUCAUCUGUAAGAACACAGAGGGCAGCUAUAUGUGUUCCUGUCCCCGCGGUUACACGCUGCAGGAUGACAGCAGGACGUGUAAAGAUGUGGAUGAAUGUCAGAGCAGACGACACAGCUGCCCGUUCUCGUGUGUCAACACCAUCGGUGGAUUCACCUGCAAGUGUCCGGCAGGCUUCAGCCAGCAUCACACGGCCUGCAGAGAUAUUAACGAAUGUUUGGCUGAGCGGGGUCCGUGUGGCCAGCGGGGCGUCUGUCAGAAUUCAGUGGGCAGCUUCAGCUGUGAGUGUCCACAGGGCUUCAGUCUGGACUCUCUUGACCUCAACUGUCAUGACGUAGAUGAGUGUGCGGGCGAUCACAGGUGUCAGUUCGGAUGUCAGAAUGUUGCGGGUGGGUUCCGUUGCAGCUGUCCAGAAGGAUACACACAGCACCAGCAGUGGAACCAGUGUGUCGAUGACAAUGAGUGCUUGAACCAGGGCAGCUGUGGUUCAGCUUCUUGUUUCAACACAUUGGGCAGUUUUAAGUGUGGCUGUCCAUCUGGCUUCACCUUUGACCCCGUGUCCACUAGCUGUGAGGACGUGGACGAGUGCUUGUCCUUCAUGAGCCCCUGCAGAUACAGCUGCUCAAACACACAGGGUGGAUUCAUGUGCGGAUGUCCUGCGGGAUAUUACAGAGCAGGACAGGGGCACUGCGUAUCUGCUGUGGGUUUUGGAGGCGGUGGGCUUGGAGCAGAAGAGGAAAGCGGUCUUUCUCCUGAACCCUGCUAUGGCUGCAAAACUAAUGGACACCAGAAGAAAAGUGUCAGAAGAAGACACACUUCAAAGCUCACACUGGAAGGGGUUAGUCUGGCCAGUGUGGACGUGGAUCAGCCGCUGAAAUUAUUCCUCAAUCGCUCACAGCUCAACCCCGGUGAAGUCAUACUGAAGCUGUUGCCCGCUGUCAGAGCGCUCGCUCAACACGUGACAUACGCCAUCACAGCCGGAAACGGUGAUGGAUUCUUCCAGAUCAGACGGCGGGCGGGUGUCUGUCACGUGCACAGCACACACAGGACGUCCUCGAUGAGACGCUACAUACUGCAGAUCAAAAGUUCCGUCCUCUCUAGAGACAUAGACAGGGAAGAGCGGCCCGCUGCAAACCUACACAUGACACUCCACGUUACACUCCAGUAGAGCAGGAACUGGUGAAAACAACGAGCUUAUUUCAUAAACUGACUGCUCUCUGUGACACUGAAGCUGCUGAAGUGUCUUUGAAAGGAGAUACAUAAAUAAUUGUCUGAUAUAGUUUUAUCAACUUUAAUUCAACCAUAAUUGUUACGACAAUACUAUUACAAUUUGUAAUACAAUUAUAAAAUGGUUUCAGAUGCCAUUGUAUUUGACAGUUGAUGUUAUGGUGUUGAUGGUUCACUUGAUAUGCAAGUUUUCUGACUUAAAAAAUGUUUAAUAAAACAUUUUAUG